AUGCCAAGCCAGAAAUUAUCUGAAAAAUUCAACUUGCCAUUAAUAUUUUGUUCUGAAGAUGAUUUGCCAGUUCCAGUAUUAUGCAAGCCAGAUUUGUCAAGAAAAGGAACUCAACUAUUUGAGCUAACUGAUUCUCAUACAAGAACCAUCAGUGCAAACAGUCCUCUCAUAUCAAGCAGAAUUUGUACAGACAAUCAACUCUUUCUUAAUAAUGCGAGUAAGGCUCAAACAAAUUGGGAAAAUUUAAGCCUGCUGACAAGUUCAAGAAAAUUGCCCAAUAAAAAAUCCUCAUCCAAACAAAAUCAAGAGGAUUGGAUAUCCAUAAAGAUCAAAGCUCAACAGAACCCGAAGAAAGAGUCCACAAAAGAUCUCAUGAAGAAUACUAGUAAUUUAGUGAAUACUGAGCCUAGGAGGUUCCCCCAAAUCUUCUCUAAAGCUAGGGUAGGUGAUCAGUUAGAAGCCUUAAAGUAUUAUAAUCACUCAGUUAUUUUUCUCACUACCCAAAAUAAUGAGAGGAGGUUUAUAAACUGUGGAGCACCAGGAUGUAAUCAAUCCUUCAGGACUAUCAAAAAGUUCUUGAAACAUGCUAAGCUUCAUCAAAAGGCUACUCCUUUUGAGUGUAGGCAUUGAUGCAGACAAUUUAUAUCUAAGAGCAGUCUGAAGAAACACGUUCUGAAUCAUAAAAGGUCAAAAUUCGAACUUUUUGACACCUAUAAACUAACUCCCACACCAAACAAGCUCAACCUAACUGACUCAUAGAUUUUUAGUCAUGACUAGUCAAUAAGCUUGCCAAGACAAAAUCCAGCAUGAAACCUGACUUACUUACCACUCCUAAAUUACUCUCAAUAAUUCUUCAC